CUUCAGAUGGAAGUUGUUUGAACCUCUCUUCGCCAGUUUCCCUCCACGCUCGGUCUUUGCCCCAGAUUCAAUACGUUUUAUGAACUAAACAUUGAGAUCUGCUCUACUCGCGGGGAUUUUAAAAGUGUCUGUUGAGUCGACAAGAAUUUGUGACACUGUUAGGGUCUGGAAUUGAAAGGAAUAACCGAGUGGGAUGGUGACAGGUGUAAUCGCUAGUGCCAUGGACUAGAAGCCACUUCUUCACAGUUUAAUUUUGACCAGAAGGAGGUUCGUUAUCCACUGGGCCGUGGAGAUCCGCGAAUUGCGUUGUACAGAAGAGCAGUUAAACCGCAUAAUCUGGAAGUAAGGAACACAUACGGACACUACUUCGAGACCUGGAAGAGGGAGAAUUAGUAGCAGUGUGGAAGUGGAAGUGGAAGUGAAACGAAACAAAGAGAUGAUGGAGUGAAGGGAACGGCAGCAUGUUCCAACCGAACGGUUUGUCGGGCGCCGUGAGCUACGCCGACUCCACUCCACCCAGCAGCGGUACUAACACCGGGAACUUUCUGGGGGUCGCUGCAGCUGUCGGGAGCACGGCACAUCACCAGCAUCCCGUCUAUGUUCCCUCUAACCGAGCAAUGAUGGGGGGACUUCCCCAGCACCACCACCACCCGCAGUACAGCCCCUCGGGGGGACCCACAACCAACUCCCACCACUUCGUAGGAGGAUCCACCAGCAGCGCCAGCUCGUGGCACCAUCAGCCAGGGGCACCGGACAGCUACAUGACGGCGGCCGCUUCCCACCAUCAUCAUCAUCACCACCUGGGUACGGGAGCACCACAUCACCAGACCCCACUCUCAAGUCCGUUCUACGCUCAGAACGCGAUGAUGAUGUCCUCGUGGAGAGCUUACGACAGCACCGGCUUCCAAAGGACGUCUCCAUAUGAUGGAGCAAUGGAAUUUCAGUUCGGUGAAGGUCGCGAAUGUGUGAACUGCGGUGCCAUUUCGACUCCCCUGUGGCGUCGGGACGGUACUGGCCACUACCUGUGCAACGCUUGCGGUCUCUACCACAAGAUGAACGGCAUGAACCGCCCGCUCAUAAAACCGUCCAAGAGGCUGACCGCCACGCGACGCUUAGGCCUGUGUUGCACCAAUUGCGGGACUCGUACCACGACGCUAUGGCGUCGAAACAACGAAGGUGAACCCGUAUGUAAUGCUUGCGGCCUAUACUUCAAGUUGCAUGGCGUCAAUCGCCCGCUCGCCAUGCGGAAGGACGGCAUCCAGACGAGAAAGCGCAAACCGAAGAAGCAACAGUCUGCUAGUGGUGGGGGCACUUCUGGGGAAAAGGCGCAGGACGACUUAAACGAGCCCAAACUCAGCCCAGGACACGCGCAGUCAAAUGAUGGGGCUGGCAGCACUGUCCACCAGUCGAAGACAUCCUUGGACGACCCUCAUCCGUACUUGGGCCACACGUCCCUGCUUGCCCCACCUAUCAAGUCAGAACCUCCAGAACACCAGUUCAACAAGAUGAUACCCACCAGCACACCUGCUUCGACAACAACAGCAACUGGCGUCUACUCGAGCUUAACUGCCCCAAAUCAUCACCAUCACCAACUUAAUAAUCAUCAGAUAUUUGGUUUUCCACCGCCUCCAGCACCCGUAGCACCAGGUUCAGCGGGUGAUAUCAGUAGUUAUGUCAUGGGUCAUCAUUCCGCACAUCAUCAUCACCAUCACCAUCAUCACAUGACCGCAGCAAAAUUAAUGGCAACGACAUAGUGAGAUUAUUGCUUUACAAGUACACAGAAGAUUUCAUCUGGGAGACAAACUUACCACCAGCGUUUCGGUGGAACUUGCUGCCACUUCUUCAGUUCUUCUGUAAGGUUGGUAGUAUUUUUACUUGUCGACACGUCGCUAUCGGCCUUUCGGAAGAACCUGCUCCCUCGUUUGAAACUUUCUCCGAUCACACUGUAGUGUUUUAUUCCCAGGCAUUGUGUUAUACCCAGAAUAUUACGAAACGAACACUAAUCGCCAUAGACUAUUCAAAUAAACAGCGAAGUUGUAAGCUGCAAAUUCUGAAUUAAACUGCUUGAAACUUGGAGACAAUUGUGGAAAUAUCUUCUGUGUUUGUUUAUGGCUUAUUUUAUGAGGUCCUCAAUAGCUCAGACUGUGUAGCGCCGGACGACAAGAUGAUUAAUGAAUUAUGCAUAAGAAAGGAUGUGGAAGGUAGACAGAGCAGCCGGUCUCUUGGCCGAAAUUUGCAAGAAUUUCCUCGUAUGAAGCAGCGCGUUAACCUCCACAGUGCUAUCUUAAGUACCUCGUACGUUAUUUAGUAGCAAGAAAUAUGUGAUCUGAAGUUGAAAACGUCUGGUUCUGAGUUCACAGAACACGAAUUCUAUGACGUCAUAGACGAUCGGAAUUACUCAGUUUCUGGGCUUUGUUCAUCAGCCGGUAUUCAAAAGAAUAAAAUAUUUCGGAAACUGGAUCUGUUUCCAUUCCCAGGUGACAGGCUGGGGAGCAUCUACUCUGCUGGGCCCGUUAUGAAGAGCUAACAUCAGUCACAGUGACUGAAGUUAUGAAAGGUUGUCCCGAGUCAGAAACCAUUACAAUUGACGUGACAGAUGAUAUUCAGUAUAAGUAUUUCUGCGGCGCUGAGUCCUUCUUGAGAAACUGCUGAUCGCUCAGCCUCUCAAGAAUUUCCCAACAUUUAUGGAGCCCUAAGGUUCAUUACAGUAUACACAAGAGCCCCCACUGGUCCUCAUCUUAAGCCAGAGUAGUCUAGUCCAUACCAUCUCAUAUUAUUUCUCUAAGAUACAUUUUAAUAUUAUCUUCUCACCUAUGUCUGGGUCCUUCUUGUGGUCUCUUUCCUUCUGGCUUUCCCAUCAAAACUCUUUUAUGGAUUCGUUUUCUCCUCAUGAGUGUUACAUGUCCUGUCCAUUACAGACUCAUUGACUUGGUCAAUUUAAUUACAUUUGGCGAAGAGUAGAAGUUACAAAGCUCCUCAUUAUGCAAUUUUAUCCAGCCUUCUAUCGAUGGUCUUCAACAUCCACUGAUAAUUUGUGUUUAUUUUUAAGUGAUCAGUUAUAACAAUUUACCAAAUUUCCGGUGUUAAUUUCAGUGUUUUAUAUGAAAUAGAGCUCUGCAAGGGACAGCCGUAACUCAAAAUAAUGUUACACGGCAUACCUAAAAGAAACUGACGGCCACCAGCAACAACUUGUAGUGGCUGAAAGUAGUGAAUUAUGUAUUGAGUAAUUAUAUUUUUUCGAGCGCCAUCACAAACCGGAAGUCACAGUUUUACACGUGAGACAUCUCAUUCAGAUAACGAAAUUUAAUAAUAUAAUUUAGUAUUCUGAUGAAAAGUUGCCAAUCCUGUUUUGCAUCUAUGAAUCUGGAGUUCUGUGCACAUUAUUUGGUCUGGGGUUGUCAAGCAUCGACCCAUAUAAAGAGACUGGCCACCUUAAUCUCAUUAGUUGAGACUGGCCACCUUGAUCUCAUUAGUUUAACCAUCAGCCAAGCAGAAAUGAUGCACAGUCAAAAGAGUGAUUCAUUUUAAUAUAUCGUAUAUAUAUAUAUCCCAUAUUUUAGCUGAUUUAAUGUGCUCCUUUCUCACCUUAAGCAUUACAAAUUUUUAAAUAUAUAAAUCACGUGAAAGCACUGUGGAUCUAGGCCAUAAAAUUUAUUGUAUGUAAUUGUUCUGCUGUGAUCGUGAGAUUUCUGUGUCGUGUUUUGUGAUGUAAUGAUGCAUAUUUUGUGUUUACAUGUUUUAGAAUAGGAAAUGUGAGUGCAUGUUAGACACCAUGACAGAGAAACAAACUUUGUUCAAUACCCAUACAUUUGCAAUUGUCGAGUAACUUUUUAAGUGUUUUGCAGUAACCCAUGUAUAUAAAUAAAAUAUUAAAAACUGAAUUAACUCACACUCUGUAUGGUUCAUUAAUUCCUUCCCGUUCUAGUUGAGAAAGUAGGACGUAUAAUAUUUUGACAACUAAACUUUCAUUUCCACCAAUCCACACGACUUAUUCAUCAUUCUACCAGAGACAACAGAAAAGCAGUAGAACUGAAAAUACAUCAAAAGUUGCUAUCCUGUAAAUUUCAAGCCGUCAUUACAUGUGUAGGAAUUGAAAUUCUCAUGAAGAUGAAGAUUUCUAUCUCCUGGGAUACAACGCGGUAAGGUGUGUUGGAAGUCAACAGACUUUCAGGAAGAACGUGCCACCUCCAUCUUCAGGGUCGAAGAAUAAGCCAAGAAAGAA